CGGCGCGAGCGGCUGCACCCUGGGUGGCUCCGGCAGUGGUAUCCUCGACUUCCCGCGCUGACCCGGCCGGACUGGGACAGGCGGCGUGGGCCGCGCCAGAGGAUGCGGCCGUGGUCCCGGGCGGCGGCAACGCGAGGCCCGGCGUCCAGCAGGUCCACAGUGAGGCAGCAGUGGCCCUGGAGGGCUUGACACCUGCCCAGUGAUGGCAGAGAAGCGGCCCCUGGGGAGCCUGGGGCCCAUGAUGUAUGGCAAGUUGCCCCGCCUGGAGGCCAACUCGGGAUCUGGACAUGGCCUGCCCUCCUCUGCUGGCAGCCAGGACGCCUGUAGCUACAAAGGGGCCUACUUCUCUUGCCCUAUGGGGGGCACCUCCAAGGUAGGGCCAGAGCGGCUGGCAUCAUGGAGCCCGUAUCCACCCCUGUACCCUACCAGCAUGGCAGGACCCCCACUUCGGGCAGACAGCCUGCUGACCAACUGCCUGCUCUACCGGCCACCAGCAGAAGGCUCUGAGAAGAUGCAGGACUCAGGCCCUGGGGAUCUCCUGCCUUUUGGCCCCCAGGCUCACGCAUACCCGGGCCCACCAUUGGCAGCACCCAAGCCUGUCUACCGCAGCCCCUUAUGCUAUGGGCUGCCCACUUGCCUGGGCGAGGGGCCAGCAAAGAGGCCUUUGGAUGUUGACUGGACAUUGGUGCCAGGUGCCCUAUUGCCUUCAGCGGAGCCUCCCUGUUCUCUGACCCCUGCUCCUGGCAAGGGCCAGACCCUGGAUGGUACCUUCUUACGUGGGGUGCCAGUUGGGGGACCUGGCAAAGAUGGCUCACUGGGCUUCUCCCCAUGCCCAGCAUUCUUGGACAAAUACCGGGCAGUCCACAGCACACCCUUCCUGGCCCCCAAGUACACAGCUCCUUACUCUGGGGACCCCAAGCAGGCAGUAUCAGAAGGGCCCUCCAGUCCAUGGGCCCAGCUGGCCCAGCCUGUGGGGCCACCCUUCCAGGAGACAGUGCCUACCCACUACCCACUUCCACCUCCUCCACAGGCCCUGCCCUGUGCCUCAGCCUGUCGUCACCUGGAGAAGCCAGGUAGCUAUAGCUCCAUACUUCCUGUGCAGCCCCUCGGAGCCCACAAGGGGACCAGGUACCAGGCUGGUGGGCUGAGCAGUUCCUACCUGAAGCAACAGGCACCCCAGAUGCCCUACAUGCCCCAGUCAGGGCCGGAUACUUAUUCCUACCCUUCUGCCCCCCUCCCGGCCCCCUCGCCAAGCCUCAAGUUGGAGCCCCCUCUUGCCCCACGGUGCCCACUGGAUUUUGCCCCACAGACUCUGGGUUUUCCAUAUGCCCGGGAUGACCUCUCUCUCUAUGGAGCAUCCCCCGGCCUGGGAGGUGCACCACCUCCCCAGAACAGUAUGCAGCCUGUACCACAGUCUGGUGCCUUCCAGCGGGUGUGCCAACCUCUGCCGGCUAGUCACCCAUGCUCUGAGCCUGUUAGGCCUGCAGAGAAGCCAGCACAAGAAGCUGAGAAGAUGUGGCUGCCCAGCUGUAGGAAGGAGCAGCCUCAGCCCCAGCCCCAACAUGAUGAACACCCUGGGGGGCCCAUCAUUAUCCGGGACAGCCCUGAUCCCCGCACCUCACCAGCACUUCGCACGUGUGCGCAGGACCACCAGUCUGUCCGGCAGAAGGAGCAUGCCCGGCUGCCCAGUUCUCCUCCAAUGCCUGUCAUUGACAACGUCUUCAGCCUGGCCCCCUAUCGGGACUACUUAGAUACACAGACCCCCAAGGCCACAGCUGAGCCAGCCAAGGCCACAGCCACCUGUGAGAGCCAAGAUGAGGAUGGUAGUGAGGCCCUGCCUUCCCAGGAGGAAUCUUCAGGACUGAGCUCCCCACUCCGUGAGGAGGUGGCCCUGGAUUUGAGUGUGAAGAAGACUCAGGUUGAGGCUGCCCCUGUCAAGUCCCCUGGUCCUAUGGUGCAUACCAACCCUGAUACAGCUGUGGAUGGGACAGCUGUGGAGACCACGGUAUCGGGUUUGCCAGCCUUGAAAAGGAUGGUCACAGAAGUAUCUGGGGAACCAGAGACCAUGGAGGCCACGCCAAGGACCAGCUUUCCAGAAGCACCUGGGAUGCCAGUGACCGCAGAGGCAGUCCCAAGGACCAGCUUCCAUAGCUCUGUAGCUUUCAUGUUCCGGAAGUUCAAGAUCCUCCGUCCAACACCCUUACCUGCAGCUGUGGACCCAUCCACACCCACCCCACCUCCCGUGCCCCCACAGCCCACUGUGCCCACCCCACCACCUGUAUCCAUGGGACUGCAACUUCUCACUCAGCCCUUGCCAGUGGCCUGCUUCAACCUGGCCCUGCCCAGUCCUCCAGCCAUCACUGUGGCCUCCCCUGCCCCUACCCCUGUCCCUGUUCCUGCUGCCACCCCCACUCCAUCUCCAGCUCCUACCCCUACCCCUGCUCCUGCCCCUGCCCCUGCCCCUUCCCCGGUUUCCACAGCGGACACAGCAGACUGUACUGAACAGCACUUUACAGGGCUCCACACGUCCCUGUGUGAUGCUAUCUCUGGCUCUGUGGCCCACUCCCCACCUGAGAAGUUACGUGAGUGGCUGGAGGUAGCUGGGCCUUGGGGCCGGGCUGCAUGGCAGGACUGCCAGGCUGUCCAGGGACUGUUGGGCAGACUGCUGUCCCAGUUGCAGAAGUUCGUGUGCACGCAGCAGUGCCCCUUCCCCCACGUGGUCCGGGCUGGUGCCCUCUUCGUGCCCAUCCACCUGGUGAAGGAGCGGCUUUUCCCACGACUUCCACCUGCCUCAGUGGACCAGGUGCUGCAGGAGCACCGUGUGGAGCUGCGGCCCACCACACUGUCAGAGGAGCGUGCACUGCGGGAGCGUGCCCUGCAUGGCUGCACCUCACGCAUGCUCAAGCUGCUGGCCCUGCGCCAGCUGCCCGACCUCUACCCCGACCUGCUGGGCCUGCAGUGGCGCGACUGCAUCCGCCGCCAGCUGGGUGACCUUGAUACCAAGGCUGGAACUGUGUCCCUCUCAGAACCUGCUGUGGCCAGAGAUGAGCCAGAGGGUCCAUCUCCAGCUCGGAAGUCACCAGCCCCCAAGGUCAGAAGACCUGGGAGGAAGCCACCAGGAAGCCCAGAGAAGACAGAGGCACCUGCCCAGGGAACAUCUCGGGGUCCCUCUCCUGUCCCUGCUGCUAGUGCCAGCCCACCAGGCCCUACCCUCAGGGCCCGCUUCCGCACCCUGCUGGAAAGCGCCUGGCUCAAUGGCCUGGCACUGCCCACAUGGGGCCACAAGGCUUCUGGACCUGACCGGCCCCCACAGCUGCUAGGCAGCCAGAGCCAACCCCUGUAGCACAGAUCGUGAGUGCUGUUGGGAUGGCCACCUGGUCUGUGUACCUGUUCUGUGAGCAUUCUAAGCCCUCAUUCGGCCACCAGCUGGGAGCGCCUAAGCCGAGGGUCUUUGCCAGAGACUGUUGGUCCUCUUCCCUGGCUACUGCCUCCCUCACCAAUGACCUGGACAGAAGCUCUACCUUUCUCUACAGUCUUCGUUUCUUGUUCAUAAAAUAGGACAGCACAGCCUACCUCACAGGGGUGUGGGGUGAUACGACACCCAUAUGGUGUGCUCUCUUCCUCUGGCCCUAUACAGGCCCUCCUUGACCUCCGCCAGGCCCAGAGUAGGAGGCAGAGAUGGCAGCAGCACCUCCGUGUCUCAAGUGGCACCUUGUACAGAUGGCUCACACUUUUCAACAGUGCUACCACAGGGACAAUGCCCAGCCUGGUGCCAGCGUCUUUCUGGGCUUGCCACCCCUGCUCCAGGAGGCCCUAAACUGACAAGUGACUUCCCAAGCUGCCUCCCCUGCUCUAGACCUCCCAGGACUGUUUUGUUUUCUUCAUUCUGUCAGGCAGCCACAAGAAUGCAAGGGCCAGAACUGAGUGGCAGCUGAGUCUCUGAAGAUCUGGCUGAGGGCCAGUGUCCUCCCCCAGCCACAGCAUGGCCUCCGUCAGCUAUGUCUGCUGUGACCACUGCCCUGCAGGGUGCUGGCUUGAGCUUUGGGCUGGCAGCUGGGCCCUUGGCCUUGUUUAAGGGCUUGAGAUGCACUUGGAGCCUGGGUUAUUAAAGCAUUUGAGUGGUUUUGGA